GUGCGGCAGCAGAUUCCAGCAGGAGACAACAUCCCAUCAUCAUGGCUGUGGAGCUGGAGCCUGCAGACGUGCUCCGCCUCAUAAUGCAGUACUUGAAGGAGAACAACCUGUACCGCACGCUGAGCACCUUACAGGAGGAAACCACCGUCACGCUCCACACCGUGGAAAGCAUCGAAAGCUUCAUCGAAGACGUGAACAGAGGCCACUGGGACUCGGUUCUGUUGGCCAUCGAGUCCCUCAAGCUGCCCGACAACACUCUCAUUGACCUCUACGAGCAGGUUGUGAUGGAGCUGAUAGAGAUGAGGGAGGUGGGAGCCGCCCGUUCUCUCCUCAGACAAACCGACCCGAUGAUUAUGCUGAAGCAGACCCAGCCGGAGAGGUACACCCACCUGGACAGUUUACUGACGUGCUCAUACUUUGACGCUCGUGAGGCGUACCCGAAAGGCAGCAGCAAAGAGAAGCGGCGCCGGGCAAUCGCUGAGGCUUUAGUGAGGGAGGUCAGCGUGGUGCCGCCGUCCCGCCUCAUCGGGCUCCUGGAACAAGUCGGCAACGUGAGACGAGAGCAGUACCCAGGUCAUCUCUCCGCCAACACGACCGUCGACUCACCUGGCAGCAAGGAGCAACAUCUGGAGAAAGAGACGUUUCCCACACAGCUGUACCGCCACAUAAAGUUUGGACGGAGGUCGCAUGUGGAAUGUGCUCGUUUCUCGCCUGACGGAAAGUAUUUAAUCACCGGGUCCGUGGACGGCUUUAUAGAGGUCUGGAACUUCAACACCGGGAAGAUCAGCAAGGAUGUGAAGUACCAGGCCCAGGACGGCUUCAUGAUGAUGGAUGACGCCGUGCUCGCUCUGGCCUUCAGUCACGACUCGGAUCUGCUGGCAUCGGGAGCUCAGAACGGCAAAAUGAAGGUGUGGAAGGUCCAAAGCGGCUUGUGCGUGCGCAGGUUUGAGCACGCUCACAACAAAGGCGUGACCUGUCUGAGUUUCUCCAAGGACGACAGCCAGAUCCUCAGCGCCUCGUUUGACCAAACCCUGAGGUGA